CUAUUUUCUCUCCAUUAAGUCUUCUCUAACAAGUUUUCUUCCCUCUCUACUCACCAACCGAGUCACAACUCACUGAGUCUAAAUCCGAUCUAGCAAAAAAUGGGAAUUUGCAGUUCAUGUGAAUCAACAUCAAUCGCUACAGCGAAAUUGAUUCUACAAGACGGAAGAUUACAGGAGUUUCCAUAUCCAGUAAAAGCAUCAUACCUUUUACAAAAAGAUCCGUCAAUAUUCAUAUGUAAUUCCGACGAAAUGGAUUUCGGAAACGUCGUUUCCGCUAUCAGUGCUGAUGAAGAGCUUCAACCUGGUCAACUCUACUUUGCUUUACCAUUGAGCAAUUUGAAACGUAGACUUAAAGCUGAGGAAAUGGCAGCAUUAGCUGUUAAAGCUAGUUCUGCAUUGAACAAUUGUGGUACUGAGAAAUACGGUUGUCGUCGUAAAACCUCUGAAUUUUUGGUGGAAAAGGUGAAAGGUGGAGAUGAUAAUAAUAAUAAUAAUGGUUCAACGGCGGCGGAGUUGAGAAGAGCAAGGAGUAGUAGUGGUGGUGGUAGUGGUAGGAGAGGGGGAAAGUUUACGGCGAGGUUAAGUUCAAUACCGGAAUAGAGUUAAGUUUUUUUUUUUUUUUUUUUUUCAUUUGUGGGGAAAGUUGAACAGACUGUUCAUUUUAUUUUUUUCUAUUUUUGUGAAUAUGGUAGAAAGUUAGUUGAGGUUAAUAUUCAAGAUCUGCUCUAUGAUUAGUGGGUGGUUCAAAAUUCGGCAUCUAUUUUUUCCCUUUUUAGAAUAUGGUAGGGUCUAUAUCGGCCAUAUGAUCAAGUACUUUAAUUCACAAUUUUACCUCUAGCUCCAUGAGUUUGAUAAAGGAAUGUUGGAUUCAAAUCAUGAUUUAUCAUUAAUUCCUACAACUUUAACA